AUGUUGCUGUCAACACCCCUUGGUAUCCUCGUAGAUAGCCCCCCUCCCGUUAUUGUGCAAGCCUUUACCGAGUCAUUAUGUAUCGAUUGCAAGCACUUCUUCAUCAACAGCCUUAUACCGGUGUACAGUCAGCUCGGAGCUGGAGUCGUUGACCUCCAGAUUGUCCCCUUUGGAAACGCUCAACUUGACAUGGAAAAUAAAUCGGUAAAGUGUCAACACGGUCCUGCUGAAUGUGACGCAAAUACUUGGCAACAAUGCGCUGUGCGUCAAACCAAUGCGCCUACGUACCUCAAGUUUUUCGAGUGCUUGGAAAACACUUUGCCAAUGGGAUACAAGGACGAGCCCUUUGAGGAACAAGUCUUCGCCAAUUGCGCGACACAGUCUGGUAUUGAGUUUGAAGGUUUAAAGAGAUGUCACGGAAAUCCUGUGCUAAGAUGGAUGCUAGAGAAAGAGAACAGUGAUAAGACGCCGGACCAUCAGUACGUCCCUUGGGUUUAUAUUAACGGGAACCUUUUCAACUAUGAGACGGACGACUUUUUGGCUAUGGUCUGUAUCGAGUAUGCUGCAAAGGGGGGAUCACAUCCAGCUUGCUCAUCUGGUAUCGAACAAGAAAGUGAUUCGCUGCAAUGA